AUGUUGACUAAGACGGCCGGCCGAGAGUGUCACAAUGAUGCCUCAUCCAUCACUCCCUGCUACUCCCCCAGCCCUGGGCAAGACAUCGUGUAUAUCCGUUUUUUUAGUGAGUUUACCAUGUCUGAGUCAUCAAAGGAAGUGUCCAGCAGCAUGGAAGCUUUGGAAGGAACAGAGGAGGGAAAGAAGAAAUCCAAGUUUAAAGCCUUUAGGAACUUUUUUGGCAAGAAGAAGAAGAAAGAGCCAGAAGGUGUCCCAGAAGGGAAAGAACAAAAGCCAAGGUUUUCCAGCGGCAGUCUGAAGUCAGUGGCAGCAGUCCAAGUGAUGGAGCCCAAGCCUAAGAGCAGCAUGGGAGCCAAGGCCAUAUCCCACGAUAGUGUCUUCUGUUUGGAGCCUGAGCCUGAAGCAUCAGGAAGCAAACUGUGCUCUUCUCCAGAUCCCCAGAGAGGCAGAUCACAGAAGAUCCCACCUCUGCGCUUACGGAAACUCAGCAUCAGCCCGAGUGUUAUCCGAUCCCAGAAAGCCUCUAGGGACUUGAGAACAGCCUUUUCUGGUGACAAGACACUCAAGAGCUGCAAAAAGAAGUCUUCACCGCACCAUUCACCGACAUCAAGGAAGAGCAUCUCGGAGCUGUCCUCAGAUCUAUCACAAUCCUCUCAAAGCAGCACUCAGCAGCCCUCGGGGUUCAGUACCCCAGCCACUUCACAAGGCUGCUUGGAUUCUUCAGCUGCUAAAUACAAGAUAGCUUUAAGCCCCCGGAAACUGAAGAGGAAGAAGACAAUUUCCUUGUCUAUAUCCCUGGGCAAAUGUGGCCAUGUGCUGCCUGAGGACUACAGGUUGGACACAAUUGAUGAUGAUCCAGCCAAAGAAAAGCAGGAAGAGCAGUAUCCUUUGCUGGGGACUAAAGAAAAGGCUAUAACCAAGCUGAAACAAGCAGACCAAAAGGAGCAGAAGAAGGACAGCACAGGGCCCUCAAGCCAGGAGCAGAGCUACAAAACUGAAACUCAGGAUAAGAACACAAGAGAGCAGACUCUAAGUACCGAUGGUGCCUCAAGCACAGGACACUCGACUUCAGGAUCCCAACCAAGAAGACGUAGAAGAAGGGCCAAAAGUGAGUGGGGGAUCAUUGAAAGAAGCCUUGUACAAUGCACUCAAGAGUAUGAUCAGGACAGUAAAAGUGAUUCCUCACCUAAUGAAGAGUUGGUCAGCAGGGACCUCUCUUUCUUGAAGCUCUUCCUGGAGCAGCAUGGCAAAGAGCAUACCACAACUGCAGAAGUGCAAGUUACUACUCCUCAGGAGAUGUCUGCAGAUAAAAGGAAUGUGAAAGGGGAAAUGGCUGCCAUAAAUGUUGAAGUCCAAAGAACAGCAGCAUCACAACCUACACCUACAAAUGUGGCAGAGUCCACGGUUGAUGGUCCACCAACCAGCCAUGAAGAAGGGUCUUCUGAAGACAAGAAGAAAAGGGAUAGAGCUGCGUUGUUGUUACGGCUAAACAAAUCUUCUACAAGCCAAGAAGAGGCCACUGUCUCGAGGACAAUAGAGGUCCAGGCAUGUGUACAUCAUUCUCAAGCCUGUGGAGAAAAGGAAGAAGCAUCCAGCCUUGGUUUGCAAAAGUUUCAACCCAAAAUGGAGAGCACAGCUUACCACAGAGAGAGGCAUGCCAGAGGUUCUCUUCAGGCUUUUUCAGCAAGUGUUUCAAGCGCUAACACAGAAGAUAAUGUUUCUAUGAAGAGGUUGCCUCUUCCUUUCAGAAGGUGGCCAACUGAAGGAGAAAUCUCCUCUGAUUCAAAGAGUUCUUCAGAAUAUGAGAGUAGUUCUGAAGUGCAACCAUGUCCCACACAUUCUUUUCAGCUUGCAUGGAACCCUCAAGAUGAUGAUGAUGUCUUCCUCAAAUCAGAAAAUGUAGGUGCAGAACUGAGCAAGGUGGAGCGGCAGCCCCCUCUCGGUUAUUGCUCCCAAUCAUUUGGAAAACCCAAAGGUAGAGAAGUCUCCUUAGACCUAGAAAGUUCAGAAGAUCAGAGAAGCUGUGAGGAGAUGACAUCUGCCCACUCUUCGCAGUCCUUGGGGGAUUUUGAAGAAUGCUCAGAAUCAAAAAGUUUUAUCAUAGAUUCCAUCUCUCAAGAGAAGUUGGCUCCCAGGAGGCAUUCCCAGGCCUUGCAGGGGUCUGAAGAAAAGGAAGUCUCCACAGAGUCAAGUAGUUACGUUGAGAAGUACCACAGUUCUGAGGAUCUUAGCAGCACAGAGGAAGAGGAGCCUCCUGAAUGUUCCAAACAGACCCGGGGUCAGUUCAGAGACCAGCAAGAAGUGCCCCCAGUUUCAAAGAGUGCUCCAAAAGAGUUGAGUGUUUCUGCCAAGCCACUGCGCCCCAUGCACACAUCUCUACCCAUUGUGAGCCCUAUUAUUCAGCAGCAAACCCCCAUUUCAAUGAACAUUUCUGUAGGACAGAACAGAUCUGUGGCACCGCUGCCUCUCAGCCACACUGUCAAGUCAUGGGUGAGCCCUCAGUCUGAGCAUCAAAUGUUUGCAGAUCCAGAGGGCAUUGCUGCUGGCUGGGACAAGUAUAUGCAACACCAUUCUCAGCCCCCAAUCAGACCAGAACUUGAGAAAGAUGUUUCUACAGGCACAGAGCUUGCUGUUUUUAAAGAUUGUAUUGCUUCACAGCCUCCCAGAUACCCUCCCCAGCCCUUGGUGAGAUCAAACAUCAAGAAGGACAUAUCACUGGGUGCAGAAAGUACUGCAUUUGAGGGAAGCCGUUUUAUGAAGCCCGUGCCUCCUCAGCAUCAUUCUCAGCCCCUGUUGAAACCCUUCAUCCAGCGCCAGGCUUCUGCUUUUGAAAGAGGUGUUUCUAUGGAUCUAAGGCUUCGGGCACACCCUUUCCAGCCAUGGACAAAGUCUCAAGGGAAGCGAUCAUUGUCAACUCCAGAGAGCACAGCUUUGGAAGGGAACCCUUCUACAGAGCAUGUGCGUCCUAUCCUUUCCCAGCCUAUGCAGAAGCCUUAUCAAAAUGUGCCUUUAGAAUCUGAAGCUAUUGCUGCAAAGAUAAUUUCAAUGGGCCCACUGCACACCAAAUAUUCUGCUCAGUCUUUACCAAAUCCUCAAAGUCAUCCAGCCUCAGAAAGUACCUCUGUAGAAGGUGCCACUUUGGUGGAGCUACUGCCUCCUCAGCCUUCAGUAAAGCCCAAAUUUCAGCCACAGAUGACCCGAGAUCCAGUGAGCUCUUCCACUCAAUGGGGCAGCCCUAUGGAGCCAGUAUCUGUUCAACGUAUUUUCCAAACACAGGCUAGCCCUAAAUUUAAGCAAGUGCCUACAGGUCUAGAUAGCCCCGAAGCCCAAGGGAGCAUCUCUAUGCAGCCAGGUUCCCCCAGAUGCCCUUCCCAGUCAUGGUUGACUCCUACCUUUGAGCAAAUAUCUGUCCCCCCUGGCAAUGUUCCUUCUGCAUGGUCCAUUCAUAGUUAUCCAACAACUCCCAGAAUGCCUUCUCAGCCCUUGAUGGGAUCAAUCAUCACUGUAGAGCCAAUGUCUUCUAGACACCCUUUGCAGCCAUGGCCAACUUCUCCAUUUGAACAAGUCACUGUGCCCUCAGACAGUGCUGCGGCGGCAGCAUGGGGCAUUCCUGUUGAUCCACCAGCUCCCACAAUGCUUUCUCAGCCCUUGAUGGGGUCAGUAAUCAAACAACCAGUCUCCACUGAGUUAGUGAGUAUUUCUGCACCACAGAGCAGCUCUGUGGAGCUAAUUCCUUCUAGAUUCCCUUUCCAGCCAAGAGUAGAUUCAGAGAGUUAUACAGCAGAGGAGGGAAUUUCUGUAAUGAUGAGGCCUAGAAGACGUCAUUCUCAGCCUCCAAUAAGCCCAGGAUUCAAGGAAGAAAUUUCCCCAGACUCAGUGAGAACUUCUGGAGAAUGGGGCAUUCCUAUCAAGCCAAUGCUUUCCAAAUUUGCUACUCAGCCAUGGCUGGGCCCUGCAUUUGAGCAACAAACCUCAAAUCUAGAAGGUUUUGCCAAAGAGGGGGAUGUUUCUAAGGAGGCAUGGCUUUCCAGAAAUCCUUCCCAAAUCAUUAUCAAACAUCAAGUCCAGAAAACACCCUCAAGUUUUGAGAGUACCUCGUUCUUAAUGAGACCUAAAAUUCAGGAAAUAUCCUCCAGCCUAGAGAAUGUUACUACUCAAGACAGCUCUAAGAAACCACAGGAUAGCAGCUCUUCUUCCCAGUCAUUUGUGAAGUUUAUGGCAGAGCAAAUCUUUUCAGGGAGCACUGCUAGUGAGCCGGACAUUUAUACCAAGCCUAUGCUUCAGAGCCGAAGCCGUCCUUCCAGAUCCUUGUUGAAGCCUAAACUCGAGGAGCAAACUUUCUUAUAUAACUGGGAUGAGGAACCCAAGGAAGAUGCCACUUUGAAGGCUCUGUCCGUGAAGCAGCCUUCACAGUCACUCAGAAGGCCCGAAGAGCCACAGGAAAUUCUGUCACAUUCUGAGGGUGCCCCUGCAAAGUGGAGCAGUUCUGCAGUGGAUGUCUCUCAGCCCCUUGGAAAGCUUGACUAUGGCCAGAAAGUCUCAGUUUCUGUCAGUUUUCCCAAAGAGUGGGUGAGGGCUGAAGAACAGCUGCCUUCCACACAGCCUUCUCAGGCCUUCAAUGUAGCUGGGCUGCAGCCACCGAUUUUAUCAACAGGCUCUGCAAAUGUUCCUGUAGACUGGAGCUAUCCCGAGGGGCACUGGGCUCCUGGUCAGCCUACUCAGGCUUUCUUGAUCACUGACUAUCAGCAACAAGUUUAUUUAAGCUCUGCUAAUGCUGCUGCCGAAGGGACCAUUUCUCAAAAUACUGGCAGCCGGUCUUGCCCAGAUUCUCCAAAGAAAACCACAAAAUACACACAAGGCUAUGGGGACCUCAUUCAAAGCACCCCAACUUCUGUUAGCAAACCUGGAAAGCUCACUACUGGUUCUGCCCAGAAAGCAUUCAUUUCCACAGGCACUUACUCCAAGGAGGACGUUCCUCAGGGUCAUGAUGGAAAUGAGAGCCCUUUGAUCAUAUCCACCAGCAAGGCUGAUGUCGAAAAUGUUUUUGGAGUGCGACUUCGAAGAAUUUCACAGAAGAGUGGGACUGAGAAUCUAGAUCCUUGCAUGCCAGUUGUCCCAGCAAGCAAAGAAUGGAUGGACAAAGGAGCUCCCCAGGGCUUCAGUGGAGGCCUAAGGAAUUUCAGCCAAACACUUAGCUUUGCAGAAAAGAAAGGGAGCAGGCCCAGAUAUGAAGGCCCUUUCAAGAAGCCAGCAGUUUACAGGCCUCCAGGAAAGACCUCUAAUUGGAAGGCAGAUUAUAGUACAGAACCAGCUUGGAUCAACGUGGCAAAACAGAGGCAAAAGGGCUUUGUAUCGCACUUUCUCAAAAAAACAAAGACCAGAGCUGAAGCUAGGGCUGAGACCAAGGAACCAAGAUAUGAGUCAAAUUAUGAGCCAGACUUGGAAAUUCCAGUAAAGGAACAUGAACCCAUAGCUGAUACCCCGUCAAGAAUGACUUUUUCUUCCACUGUUCCCAGACAGGUGAUGUCAAAGCUGUAUAAGUCUACAAAAACAGUUGCAUUUGAUGAUCAGAACUUGCCUCAUCCAUAUAUCAGUGAAAGAGAAACCAGACGCUCUUCAAGUCUGCCACCCAAAUUUUCACCACCUGAUGAGCCUGUGUGGUUUGCAAUGGCCAAGAAGAAAUCUCAAGCAUGGAGCCAAAUGUCAGAGAUCAUGAAAUAA